GGUGACUUUACAACGUAGCAUUGUCAUUCGACUUAUUUUGAUAGUGCAAUAUGCUUGAUACGUACACUCCCAUAGUAUCCCUUCGAGUUAUUCCUUCGUGGCACCGAAUAAAGUCGUGCGAAUAGAACCUGUCACAGCGCCGACUUCGGGGAAAGUCACGAUGAAUGGCCCCGUUCGAUUUGGGGCUCACGUGGCUGCGUCAGUAAUACAUGGCCACAGAACGCGGACCCAAUCUCCAGGCGGUCGGAAUCGGGUAGCAUGUCCCAGGGGCCCAGAGAUCCAGAAGGUUGCACAAGGCCCUAUGUCUGAAAUCUCAACGUUGGUAGAGCGUGGUCUGGAACGCGACGUUCGGGGUCUCGGAAAGGAGGUUGUUGCUUCUUUCAGGGCUGUGUGACUCGUGAGUAGCGCAAUAGUGGUGGUGAUGACAUGCUAGGGCGAAACAGGUGGCUAACAGGCAGGUGGGCC